AUGGCUUCAAACCCCCCAUCCAACUGCUGCACUGUCGGCUUUAAGCAUGAAGGCCAACCUAGCGGUAGCUCCGCCAAAAUCGGUAAUAUCGACGCCUAUGUCUCUGAGCCCACAGGCAACACAAUUCAUAAAGAUACCGCCAUACUUAUUCUAAGUGAUAUAAUUGGUAUCUGGCAAAACAGUCAGCUUAUAGCCGAUCAACUGGCUGCCAAUGGCUAUUACACGCUUCUGCCCGACCUCUUUAAUGGCGAUCCUGUAGAGCUCAACAGACCCGACGACUUCAAUCUCAUGGCUUGGUUGGCCAAGGGAACCAAUGGAGAUAAUCCCCACACUGUCGAGGCUGUGGAUGUUAUCGUUGAGAAGUCGAUUGCUUGGCUAAAGGAGAAGGGAUAUAAGAAGAUUGGUGCCGUUGGGUAUUGCUUUGGUGGCAAAUAUGUGGCUCGCUUCAUGUCAAAAGGAAAAGGCAUUGACGUAGGAUAUGUCGCCCAUCCCUCAUUUGUUGAAGAGGACGAGCUGCGUGCUAUCGAAGGUCCCUUAUCUAUCGUGGCUGCAGAAACAGACUCCAUCUUCCCGACCGAGAAGCGACACAAAUCAGAAGCAAUCCUAAUUGAAACCAAGCAGCCUUACCAAAUCAAUCUCUUCAGCGGCGUCAUGCACGGGUUCUCGGUGCGUGGCGAUAUGAGCAAGAAAAUUGAGAGGUUCGCUAAGGAGCAAGCCUUCUACCAAGCUGUACAAUGGCUUGAUCAGUGGUUGUUUUGA